GCUAGAUUGAGCCGCGAGCUAACGGAGCAGGGGCUGAGCCCCGUGGUCCCGGGUGGCCGUGUCUACGUUCUCUUCCCCUUUAUCCUUUGGCUGCGGCCUUGCACAGUGGCGGCGAACUCUGCGCUCGGGAGUUCGGGGAGAAGCUCGUGCCCGCGGCGCGGCACCCGGAGGCCUCGCGCGUCGGCCCUGGAGCAUCGGGGAGCUGGUCAGUCAGGUCCUCAGGCCGGUCCGCGCUGGCUGGCGCCGCCCGCGGUGGAAUUCUUUGGCGAUCACGCCUUCCCGGCUGGAGGAGAACGCUUGGCGGCGUGUCGCCAGCGCUGCUGCAGCCCGGAAAGAUGAAGAAAACCCUGCGGGAUGAGAUUGAAGCCAUUCUUCGGAAGAGGAUUAUGGUGCUAGAUGGUGGAAUGGGGACCAUGAUCCAGCGGUACAAACUGAGUGAAGAAAAUUUCCAAGGUGAAGAAUUUAAAGAUCACACGAGGCCCCUGAAAGGCAACAAUGACAUCUUAAGUAUAACUCAACCUGAUGUCAUUUACCAAAUUCAUAAGGAAUACUUGCUGGCUGGAGCAGAUAUCAUUGAAACAAACACGUUUAGCAGCACUAGUAUUGCCCAGGCUGACUAUGGCCUUGAACACUUGGCCUACCGGAUGAACAAGUGCUCUGCAGAUGUGGCCAGAAAAGCCGCUGAGGAGAUAACUCUGCAGACAGGAAUCAAGAGAUUUGUGGCUGGAGCUCUGGGUCCAACUAAUAAGACACUUUCUGUCUCCCCAUCUGUGGAAAGGCCAGAUUAUAGGAACAUCACAUUUGAUGAGCUUGUUGAAGCAUACCAGGAGCAGGCCAAAGGACUGCUGGAUGGUGGGGUUGAUAUCUUGCUCAUUGAAACUAUUUUUGAUACAGCCAAUGCCAAAGCAGCCUUGUUUGCACUCCAGAAACUUUUUGAAGAGAAUUAUGCUCCUCCCCGGCCUAUUUUUAUUUCUGGGACCAUUGUUGAUAAAAGUGGAAGGACUCUUUCUGGCCAGACAGGAGAGGCGUUUGUCAUCAGCGUGUCUCAUUCAGAUCCACUGUGCAUUGGAUUAAAUUGUGCUCUUGGUGCAGCUGAAAUGAGGCCUUUCAUUGAAACAAUUGGAAAAUGUACAACAGCUUAUGUCCUCUGUUACCCAAAUGCAGGUCUUCCCAAUACCUUUGGCGACUAUGAUGAAACACCGUCCAUGAUGGCCAUGCACCUGAAGGACUUUGCUGUGGAUGGCUUGGUGAACAUAGUUGGUGGAUGCUGUGGUUCAACACCUGAUCACAUCAGGGAAAUUGCUGAAGCUGUGAAAAAUUGUAAGCCUAGAGUUCCACCUGCUAGUGUUUUUGAAGGACAUAUGUUACUAUCUGGUUUAGAGCCCUUCAGGAUUGGACCAUACACCAACUUUGUUAACAUUGGAGAGCGCUGUAACGUGGCAGGAUCCAAGAAGUUUGCUAAACUCAUCAUGGCAGGAAACUAUGAAGAAGCCCUGAGUGUUGCCAAAGUGCAGGUGGAAAUGGGAGCUCAGGUGCUGGAUAUCAACAUGGAUGAUGGCAUGCUAGAUGGUCCCAGUGCAAUGACCAGAUUUUGCAACUUCAUUGCUUCUGAGCCUGACAUUGCCAAGGUGCCCCUGUGCAUAGACUCUUCGAAUUUUGCUGUGAUUGAAGCUGGGUUGAAGUGCUGCCAAGGAAAGUGCAUAGUCAACAGCAUCAGUUUGAAGGAGGGAGAGGAGGACUUCCUGGAGAAGGCCAGGAAGAUCAAGAAGUUUGGAGCUGCUGUGGUGGUGAUGGCUUUCGAUGAGGAAGGGCAGGCAACAGAAACAGAUAUUAAAGUCAGUGUGUGCACCCGAGCCUACUAUCUGCUUGUGGAAAAAGUGGGCUUCAAUCCAAAUGACAUCAUCUUUGACCCCAACAUCCUUACCAUUGGCACUGGGAUGGAGGAACAUAACUUGUAUGCUGUCAAUUUUAUUCAUGCAACAAGAGUCAUUAAAGACACAUUACCAGGAGUCAGAAUAAGUGGAGGUCUUUCCAACUUGUCCUUCUCCUUCCGAGGGAUGGAAGCCAUUCGGGAAGCAAUGCAUGGUGUUUUCCUUUACCAUGCAAUCAAGUUUGGUAUGGACAUGGGGAUAGUCAAUGCUGGCAACCUUCCUGUGUAUGAUGAUAUCCAUAAGGACCUUCUUCAGCUCUGUGAAGAUCUCAUCUGGAACAAAGACUCUGAAGCUACUGAGAAACUCUUACGAUAUGCUCAGACUCAUGGCAAAGGAGGGAAGAAAGUCAUCCAGACAGAUGAGUGGAGGAAUGGCUCCAUUGAAGAACGCCUUGAGUAUGCCCUUGUGAAGGGCAUCGAAAAACACAUUGUUGAAGAUACUGAAGAAGCCAGGUUAAACCAGGAAAAAUAUCCCCGGCCUUUGAAUAUAAUUGAAGGUCCUUUGAUGAAUGGCAUGAAAGUGGUUGGUGAUCUUUUUGGAGCUGGAAAAAUGUUUCUACCUCAGGUUAUAAAGUCAGCCCGUGUCAUGAAGAAGGCUGUUGGCCACCUCAUCCCUUUCAUGGAAAAAGAAAGAGAAGAAGCCAGAGUGCUUAAUGGUUCGGUUGAAGAAGAGGACCCUUACCAGGGCACCAUUGUGCUGGCCACUGUUAAAGGUGAUGUGCAUGACAUAGGCAAGAACAUAGUUGGUGUGGUACUGGGCUGCAACAAUUUCAGAGUUAUUGAUUUAGGAGUCAUGACUCCCUGUGAUAAGAUACUUCAAGCUGCUCUGGAUCACAAAGCAGAUAUAAUUGGCUUGUCAGGACUUAUCACUCCAUCCCUGGAUGAAAUGAUUUUUGUUGCCAAGGAAAUGGAGAGGUUGGCAAUAAAGAUUCCAUUGUUGAUAGGAGGCGCAACCACUUCAAGAACCCACACAGCAGUUAAAAUAGCACCACGAUACAGUGCGCCUGUAAUCCAUGUCCUAGAUGCAUCCAAGAGUGUGGUGGUGUGUUCUCAGCUGUUAGAUGAAAAUCUGAAAGAUGACUACUUUGAAGAAAUACUGGAAGAAUAUGAAGAUAUUAGACAAGACCACUAUGAGUCUCUCAAAGAGAGAAAAUACUUAACCCUGAGUCAAGCCAGAAAGCAUGGUUUCCAUAUUGAUUGGCUGUCUGAACCUCACCCAGUGAAGCCCACAUUUAUUGGGACCCGGGUCUUUGAAAACUACAGCCUGCAAAAGCUGGUGGACUACAUUGACUGGAAGCCUUUCUUUGAUGUAUGGCAGCUCCGGGGCAAGUACCCGAAUCGAGGCUUUCCCAAGAUAUUUAAUGACAAAACAGUAGGUGAAGAAGCCAGAAAAGUAUAUGAUGAUGCUCAGAAUAUGCUGAACAUACUGAUCAGUCAAAAGAAACUCCAGGCUAGGGGUGUGGUUGGAUUUUGGCCAGCACAGAGUGUUCAAGAUGACAUCCACCUGUAUGCAGAAGGCGUGGUGCCCCAGGCUUCAGAGCCCAUAGCCACCUUCUAUGGGCUGAGGCAGCAGGCUGAGAAGGAUUCCUCCAGUACAGACCCCUACCACUGCCUCUCAGACUUCAUUGCACCUCUGCAUUCUGGUGUCCGAGACUACUUGGGUCUGUUUGCUGUUGCCUGCUUUGGGGUUGAAGAGCUGAGUAAGGCCUAUGAGGAUGAUGGCGAUGACUACAACAGCAUCAUGGUGAAGGCACUAGGGGACAGGCUGGCAGAGGCCUUUGCAGAGGAGCUCCAUGAGAGAGUUCGCCGCGAACUGUGGGCUUAUUCCAGUAGUGAGCAGUUGGGUGUCACAGACUUGCGCAAACUCCGCUAUGAGGGCAUCCGGCCAGCUCCUGGUUACCCUAGCCAGCCUGACCAUACUGAGAAGCUCACUAUGUGGAGACUGGCUGACAUCGAGCCGGCCACAGGCAUCAGGUUGACAGAAUCCUUGGCAAUGGCACCUGCUUCAGCAGUAUCAGGCCUCUACUUCUCCAAUGUAAAGUCCAGAUAUUUUGCUGUGGGGAAAAUUUCCAAAGAUCAGAUUGAGGAUUAUGCUUUGAGGAAGAACAUGCCUGUGGCUGAGGUGGAGAAAUGGCUUGGCCCCAUUCUGGGAUAUGAUACAGAUUGACUUCUCUCUCACAUUUUUUUCUUUUAAACUUUUAUGCUUGUUGACCUCGAGGUGUACAACCUAGAGUGCCUUAGAAAUAACAACAAAAGCAGCUUUGUGUCUGCCUGCCCUGCCCUGCUGCCAGGGUUAGAAGGCUGGCUGGUGGCAUGUGAUGUAGAGCAGAUUUUCUGGGGUCCUGGAAAAUAAGCACCUUUUCAGGGACUUUAAAUGAGGAGCAAAAAGGUGCCAAGGCUUAUGGUGUCCCUGGGCCUUUAGGACAAUCUUAUGCAUUUCAAAACAGGUCAACUAGCUCUUUUCCAUUUUUGCCUUUGACCCUGGAGGACACUUGUUCUUGGGUUUGUUUAUUUGGUUUGGUUUAGUUUUUUAUUUGUUUCCUCACAUAGUUAAAAAAAAAAAAGAUUCUGAAAAUAAGUUGUAUAUGGGAAUGUAUAGAGAAAUGUGGCCCCUGAGAAAAGUGUCAUCUUGAGAAAUGUGACAUUUCAGUCUGAGUGGUUUCAGCAAUAGACUUGGAUAGAGAGAAAAGUGCCUCUCUUUUUUUGUCUCCUGCAAUACCUCAUUUUCUGAGGCUCAACUAAAUGGCUGUAGAACUCUCUCGCAAAGGCAGGCUUACUAUUUGCUGGACAGAAAUACUGGAACUGUUUGCCUUGUCAUGCUAGUAUGGCUAGGCAAGGUCACGUUUUCCAAGCUGCUUUUUUUUUUUGUCCGCUGUACUUUCACCGUCCCUUGCUCUAAGGGGAAAAAUGGAAGACAGAAAGUGAUUACCACGGGUGUUAACAUCCAGCCAUUCUUAGAAUUGAGCAGGUUGUCGACUGAGCCUCUAUGUCCUGUGCAGAGCUGGACCUGUGGGUGGCUGAAAGCCACUCAGUUCUUUGACUCCAAACUUGAUAUAUUUUAGAUACGCUAAAUUGACUUGUUCUUUGUUAUUUCCGGAGAACCUGUUCAGAGCACAGGCUGUGAAAGCAUGGACUCAGAAUUCAACCUUGCUGUGUAGGUGCCCUGUGAUGUAGCCAAGUGCUUAGGCGUCCCAACAAUGAGAACUGUCAUAUAUGUUUGUCUUAUUGGGGUGAAAAGAAAUUUAAACAAGGUUAUGCAUGGACAUAGUUUGGGUACACACAGAUAUUUAAUAAGUGGAGAUUCUGUAGAGCUCUAUAGUCUCAGCACUGAGAGUACCCAAAGAAAGAAUGAGAAGGUCAAGGGAGGAGGUCGAUCUAUGUAGGGAAAUGUUUCUGGGGUGUGACUGGUCACUUACAAUUUACAUUUACCUGAGAAAGAGCAGUUGCCUCUCAUGUGUUAUACACACCAUUAGGACUCAUCUCCUGUGAGAGAGACUCCUCCCUUGCCGCAUAUGUUGCCCCCAAGCACUUACACCAAACAUGUACUCUGGUAUAUUGGAGGUGAAAAGAAGAAGAGAACAGUUGUGUAAUGAUAAUCCUGUAUAUUUGUAAUCUUUCCAACUUGAUUUUCAGAGUACUAUCAUUUGCCCUUAGAGUGAAAAGAAUUGUCUACUUAUUUUAAGUUUCUUUAAGUUGUACUAGAUUGUAAAUGGGACUCGUUAGCCUGAGUCACUUAGUUCUAGGACAUAUUUCUGUUGCAAAUAUAUUUUUUAGGCAUUGGAACAUUCAUUUGUGAGAGAGAAUAACCUUCAAAUAUUUUAAUAUAUUUCAUCUGAAAAGUUACUAAUAUUCUUUUUACUUCAUUGCCAUUCUUUCAGCUGGCUUUCCUGAAUAUGUCAUUGAUCUAAUCACUUGACAUAUUGUCAUCAUCAUCAUCAUCUUCCUCCUCCUCCUUUGCUCUUCCUCUGUCUCAUCUCCUUUCUUCCUUCCUCUUCUUGCAAGUUUAGUUAUAUAGAUAUUUACUAAGAAAUAUAAGGAAAACUUGAAAGCAUUCUUCUUGAUUUAUUUUCGGUAUUCCAGAGAAGCUAGGCUCCAAAGGCUAACAUUCUAAACUGGGCUCUUGUGUGUAUGAUGGAAUGCACCCAGCAGCUUCCCUCACUGUUGCAUCUGAGUUUCUGACAUGAACUGAUUCAUGCUUGGGGCUUGCACAUGCAUUAUGGCUGUAUGUUUGUAUGUUUGUACUUUUUCUCAGUUAAGAAUUGUCUGAAGCCGGAUGUGCUACCCUAUGCCUGUAAUCACAGCAUUUGGGAAGUUGAGGCAGGAGAACUUGCAUGAGUAACAGGCCACCCUGAGUUAAAUAGACUGUCACCAAAACCAAGAACAGGUCCAGCAAGAUAGGAGUCUGGGACCACAUGGUCGAAGAGAGGUAACUCCUGACCUCACAUGCAGUAUGCAGCACCACACAUUAAAAAGGGUGAGAGGGAUUGUCUCCAUAUUGCUACUUGCUCUGCUAACUGCUGUAGAGGCUAGUUUUGUAGACCAGUGGCUGGGAAUCGGGUUAGUAGAGUUGGUAACUGUUUCUCCUUUGAGCUGUUUUGCCAGCAGUCUGCCUCCAUUCAUGAUGAACACACAUGGGAGUACUUUUUUCCAGUUGAUUUUCUCAUGUGUGUUCUCUUCACAGAUUUGGGCUUCUUUGAUGUACCUGUUAUUUUUCUCCUAUCCUAUCUUAAAUCAGUGUUUCUCGUCUCUUACCGCUCAUGACUUCUUCAUUAGAGCUAGAGGCUUUCCUAGGGGUUAUCUUCUCUUUGGUUUGGUCAGCGUUCUUACCCUCCCUCCCUCCCUCCCUUGGGAUAAUUUUCUGUUAGCCUCUACAUUUAUGGUCAUUUCUCAGCCAUUUUUUUUUUUAAGUUUUUUUCCUUCUACCUACUUAACUUUUUACAUUCUGUCCUUAGUUGCCCUCCCAGCCUGUUUCAGAGGGUGAUCUCAUCUGUUCAGUACUCCAGGCUCCUCUAUCCUUAAUCUUUGCUCCUUAAUAAGGUUUCCACUCAGCUCCUGAAGGAGUUCCUGAGGCAUCUGACAGUGGAGUGUCCCAGACUUCUGUGUAUCUCCGUAUAUUCAAUAAUAAAGACCAAUUGGCACCGCCUAGUCAGCGGACGGCAUAGCUUAUCCCAUAUUGUCUUUCUUUAGGACAGUUAGCCCAAAAAUGUGUUGAACUGGUAGUAGAAGUAUUCAGGGAAGACUCUGGUUGACCCCCAUUUUAGGACCUGAAGAAUAGAGAUGGAGCAGCAGGGAAGGCACAGAUGAGGAACCAUGAAUAGAAACAUGAAAGGUUAUAAAGAUGGCAGCUCUUUCCGAAUUGAACUAUAAAGUCAAGAUUUCCAGCAGCAAUACCAACUGAUGUCAUGUUAAAGGAAAGCAGAGAAUUAAUGUGGAAUAGCAACAGGUCAAAAGUGACCAGAUGUUUCUGCAGAUGAAGAAAGAGGAUUAGGGAACUUGUCUGCCAAUACACCAAGUUUUACUGCAGAAAUGGUGUCAGGUAUAGUACAGAAAUGACUUGAAUCAGUGCUGCCAAAAAGUAAAGACUUGCCCUUUUUCCCUCGCUGCUUUUAAUAUUUUUUCUUUGUUCUAUAGAUUUAGUGUUGUGACUAUUAUGUGCUGUGAGGAGUUUCUUUUCUGGUCUGUUCUAUUUGUUGUUCUGUAAGCCUCUUGUAUGUUUAAGGACAUCUCUUUCUUUAAGUUGAAAAUUUUUUCUUCUGUGAUUUUCUUGAAAAUAUUUUCUUGAACUUGGAGCCUGGAAUCUUUUUCGUCUAUUCCUAUUCUUAGAUUCUGCCUCUUCAUGGUGUCCUUGCUUUCUUGGAUGUUUUGAGUUUGUAACUUUUCUGAUUUUAUUUUUUUCUUUGAGAGAUGUAUCAGUUUCUGCAAAUGUAUCUUCAGUGCCUAAGUUUCUUUCUUGCAGCCUUGCCAGGCCACAGAGGAAGACAGUGCAACCAGUCCUGAUGAGACUAGGGUCAGAUAAAAAGGGAGGAGGACCUCCCCUAUCAGUGGACUAGAGGAGAGGCAUGGGGGAGAAGAGGGAGGGAGGAGAGCAUUGAGAAGAGACGAAGGAAGGGCCACAGCUGGGAUACAAAUUGAAUAAAUUGUAAUAAAUGAUAAUAAUAAAUUUUUUAAUUAAAAAAGUAAGGACUUCUGCUAAGCAAAUGAAUGACUUAGGGAAUUAGUAACUAUAAUGUAUAGAAGGGUUUUGUUUUGUUUUUGUUUUGGGGUUUGUUUGUUUUCUGACGGGGUUUUCUGUGUAGCCUUGGCUGUCCCGUAGACAAGGCUAUCCUCAAACUCAGAGCAAUUCACCUGCCUCUGCCUCCCAGAGUGCUGGGAUUAAAGGCAUGCAUCACCAUGCCCAGCUAGAAGUUUUUUAUUUGUAAAACAUAGAAGAGAGAAAGGCAUUGUUGUGAGGCUGGUAAACAGAUGUUCUGUGGUGAUCAGAAGUGUGAGGUUCUGCUUCCUACCUGUAACAAUUGCAAGAGUGGGACCCGCAGAUCUAUAGCUAGUCACAUGAUGUAACACGUAACUAAGAACAGUUGGACCUUAGGGAUAUGAACAAGUGACUCCCACUCUUGUUCAGCUGUGUCUUACAUUUUGGUCAUGGCAGUGUAAUCAUGUUAGUAAUAGCAACAACUGAAAUUCUGUUCAUGGGACAGUGGUUUUAUAAGGUACCCUGAGGUACAUGGUGCAGUGAAAAUGAGCAAAUUGCAGCCUCACUUGGCAAUAAAAAUGAAUCAAAGAAAAUAGGGGUAAAACAAGUUUCUUAAGACUACUUAAAGGCAAGAGGUUUUUAUUGAGUUCAAAAAGGAGACCAAAGAAUAUAUAUGGUUGCUACAUAUUUUAUCAAAACCUUAAGUUACAGAAAUCCCAAAAUUAAGCUUAGUGGUAGCCUGUGGGAGGAGGAAUUAAAAGGGCCAGAGAAAAGCACACAGGUGAAUUAUGAAUAACUGCUUUAGUUCUUGGGUGGUAGGCUUAUGGCUGUUUACUAAAAUGCAUUUUGUACAUUUUAAAUAUGCUCUAUUUAAUGUGUAUUUAAUAUAUUUUAAACAAUAAAGAUAAAGCAAAAUGGUA